AUGGAUAUCACUCGAUCGGCCAGAAAGAGGAGAAACAGCUCUUCAACCCGGGGCCAAUCCCCAGUCUCGCAUCGAACUAGACAGAGCUUGGCAGCAGAUCUUGUCCUCGACCAGAAAAAGCCAUGUGCAACGCCAAAGAAGUCAAGAAAAAGAGUUCGGUUUUCCGACCCUGGCCCCCGCCUACUGCAAGAUCUUGAUAGUGGGUCUACUGGUCUCACUCCGGCAAUGCGCCGUACAUCAUUCAAUCCAAAUGUCGGUCACGGCACACCGAGUCGAAAAGCACGCCGUAGGUCCGCUCCAACACCACGGUAUUCCAAGCCCUAUGAUCCAGUGGAGCAUUUCGACGAGACGUGCGCCGAACAGAGGGUCCAAUUCACCCCCCUCCGACAAAUUCUGGAUACUCGCACACAAAGAAGAAUCAAACGAAUUGGAUUGAGUGAUGAGAUCAAUCAUAUUGAGCGGGAGAAGCGAGACGCAAGAAAGUAUGAGAAGACCAUGCAGGCCCUACGUCAAGAGCGAGAUGCUCUCAAACUCGAGCUGAGGGCCAUGAAGCGCGAUUCAAUGGGCCUCGAAGACCCAACCUUAGAGUCCAGCUCUUACUGGGCUGCACCCCAGUCCCCUCGGUCUUGUGAAAAUGUGUCAGUGGCAUUGAACCAGAGCGCCGAUGAGACGACUUAUCUUGUCAACGGUGAUGACGAUACAUUUAUGUUCAAUGACAGCGCUGUCAUUGUUUCCAGCUCACCUGAUCUUCGUGCAACUCGAAAUCUCAACUUGCCGCUCACUGAUAGCCUGCUGCUAUUUGAUCAGCCACAAGCGCCAUCCGCUCUUGACCCAGAACAUAUUUCGGAAAAUAAAGAAAAUUCCGAUACCCACUCUCUGGCGCUUGAUCUGGCAGCUGCCAGAAGAGAGAAGAAGAGCUUGUUUGAUGCGUGUCGGUCACACAUCUCUAAACUGAAUGAGCCUGCAUUUGACGACCUUUUCAAGGAUUCUUCUCCGCCGUCAAACUUCUUCGACAAUCUGUUAGAUAUACUAUCCUCUGCUCUUUCUCGAGCUUCGGAUGCAGCUGAAGCUCUGCAAGGUGUCAGUGAAGAGUGCUCCACUCUGGGAUUCUCUGGAGAGGAUGCAACGGAUAUUAUAUCCGACAUGCGGAGACAUUUCCGCUCUGCGCGCCUUGAACUUGAGCGUGCUGUGCCGGGUGAGACUGCCAACGUCGGCCUUGAAGACGGAAAGGGCACAUUGGCCGCACUCGUCCGUCGGGUUGAGUCUCUGGCACAAGAUCUAGACACAGAGCAACACUAUCACCAUGGCUCCCUUGGCCGGGAAAAAGCUCUCCGUGGACAGUUUGAUGCUUUGUUGCAUCGGUAUGAGGCAGCCGCUGCUAAGAUUGACAGCCUGGAAGAUUCUAUAUCAUCUUCCGCCGGUGAUAUGCUCCACACCCGCAUUCGAAUGCAGGACCUCGAACGCGAAGGCCAAGAACAGGCCAUUGGGAUUGACAGAUUAAACACAGCCCUUGAUAAAUAUCACCACGAGGUAAAGGGUCUCGAAGACCUCAUUGAUAGCCUUGAGAAGGAAAACUCGGCCACAAAAGAGGAUUACGCGAAACAAAUCUCCCACCUCCGGAAACAGGUUGCCCAUGAACGCUCCAAGCGGUCUUCGGCCGAGGCCUCUGCUUCUUCGGCUGAUACACGUAUUCGAGAAUUGGAGGAGACUGUUCAAAACAAUCGGAUCAGAUCUUCCGACUUGAUGGCUCAAGUGGACCAACUUGAAAAAGAGCAGCAGAGAGCCAUUGAAGCUCUUGAGCAGAAUGCCACAGAGCUCCAAAGUCAUGAAGCAAAUACCGGAAGUCUCAAUGUUCGGAUUUCAGACCUCACCACAUUGCUGGAUGACGCAAAGUCAGAAGUUCAACGCCUCGGUCUCCUCAACACUGGGCUUGAACAGCAGCUACGUGUUGAAACAGAAGCUCGCGAAGAGCUUCUAGACAAGUGGGCCGCGGACCAAGUGCGAUCAUUCGCCCACAUGAAGGAAACCAUCAACGCAGAGCGCCGUAGAGCGAAGGUCCGCGCUGCCAAUUGGGAACUGAAAUCCGAUGACCUCAUGUCGGACGGUACCACUACCGUGGGCUGCGGAAGCGAGCCUAUUACGCCAGUCAGCGUAACCCGCUUCGUGGAUGUUGAAUUCGGCCGCGGCAAGGGCCGACGUCGCAUGGAUAGUGGAAUUGGGAUUUCGUCUGAGGAAGAACUGAUGAAGUCUGGUUCCCUAUCGGAUCGCCCUGGUCUUGAUUCUGACAUCGAUCUCCCCACUCCAGACUUCAGUUGA